GAAACUGCUCCCUCGCCAUUCUUUCGAUUACCUCCACCGCCUCCCUCUCUAAAAAACCCAGCCUCCGCCUAGGGUUUUUGCUCUUCGCAAUCCUCUUCCCAAGGCCUAACCCCCCACCGGAGCCCGGCCGCAGCUCCGGACCCGAUCAAGCGAUUCGGUCAAUUAGGGUUUCUGGAUAUUGAUGGGAACGGAGAGGAAGAGGAAGGUGAGCCUUUUCGAUGUGGUGGCCGAUCCCUCAGUCUCCGGCAAGAUCAGCAAGACGAACGGCGCCAUGGCCACCGGUAGCAGCAAUGGGAAGAAUGACGGGAGCAGCCUCGUCAACCGCUGGAACGGGAGGCCCUACUCGGCGAGGUAUUAUGAGAUACUGGAGAAGAGGAAGUCGCUUCCCGUUUGGCAGCAGAAAGAUGAGUUCUUGCAGACCCUGAAGAAGAACCAGACUCUUAUCUUGGUCGGAGAGACGGGUAGUGGUAAAACCACUCAGAUACCUCAGUUUGUCCUUGAGGCCGUGGAUAUGGAAACCCCUGAUAAGCGGAAAAAAAUGAUGAUUGCCUGCACACAGCCUCGUAGAGUGGCUGCAAUGUCCGUCUCGCGGCGUGUUGCGGAGGAGAUGGAUGUAACAAUUGGAGAGGAAGUAGGUUAUAGCAUUCGUUUUGAGGACUGCAGUAGUGCAAGAACUGUUUUGAAGUACCUCACUGAUGGUAUGCUAUUAAGGGAGGCCAUGACGGAUCCUCUGUUGGAACGUUACAAGGUCAUAAUCCUCGAUGAAGCCCAUGAGAGAACGUUAGCAACAGACGUUUUGUUUGGUCUUUUGAAAGAGGUCCUGAAGAAUAGGCCCGAUCUCAAGCUUGUCGUGAUGAGUGCGACCCUUGAAGCUGAAAAGUUUCAAAAUUAUUUUUAUGGGGCACCACUUAUGAAAGUCCCUGGCAGGCUUCAUCCAGUGGAAGUCUUCUAUACUUCGGAACCUGAGCGGGACUACCUAGAGGCUGCUAUUCGUACAAUUGUGCAGAUACACAUGCUUGAACCCCCAGGGGAUAUACUUGUGUUUCUUACUGGUGAAGAAGAAAUAGAAGAUGCUUGCCGCAAGAUCAAUAAGGAGAUUGGAAACAUGGGGAAUCAAGUGGGCCCCGUUAAGGUGGUGCCACUGUACUCGUCUCUUCCCCCGGCUAUGCAGCAGAAGAUUUUUGAACCUGCUCCGCCUCCCUCAGAAGAAGGUGGCCGUCCUGGGAGAAAGAUUGUGGUGGCUACAAACAUUGCGGAGACUUCUUUGACCAUAGAUGGAAUAGUCUAUGUUAUUGACCCUGGGUUUGCUAAGCAGAAGGUUUACAAUCCUCGUGUUCGUGUUGAAUCACUUCUGGUGUCUCCAAUAUCGAAGGCGAGUGCACACCAGAGGGCAGGUCGUGCGGGUAGAACUCAACCAGGAAAAUGUUUCAGACUUUAUACUGAGAGAAGUUUCAGUAAUGAUCUAGUGAAUCAGACUUAUCCAGAAAUUCUGAGGUCCAACCUUGCCAAUACUGUCCUUACCUUGAAAAAGCUAGGCAUUGAUGAUCUUGUUCAUUUCGAUUUUAUGGACCCUCCAGCUCCUGAAACACUGAUGCGAGCAUUGGAAGUCUUGAAUUACUUGGGAGCACUUGAUGAUGAUGGGAACUUAACAAAAAUGGGAGAAAUCAUGAGCGAGUUCCCAUUAGAUCCUCAGAUGUCAAAGAUGCUGGUGGUUAGUCCUGAGUUCAACUGUUCGAAUGAAAUCUUGUCCGUCUCUGCAAUGUUAUCAGUACCCAAUUGCUUUGUAAGGCCUAGGGAAGCUCAAAAGGCUGCAGACGAAGCUAAAGCUAGGUUUGGCCACAUUGAUGGGGACCACCUGACCCUCCUGAAUGUCUACCAUGCCUACAAGCAGAACAGUGAGGAUCCCACAUGGUGCUACGAGAACUUCAUCAAUCAGAGGACAAUGAAGGCUGCUGAUAAUGUGAGGCAACAGUUGGUCCGGAUAAUGGCCAGAUACAACCUCAAGCUGUGUAGCACAGAUUUCAACAGCAGGGAUUACUAUGUCAACAUAAGGAAGGCACUUCUUGCAGGGUACUUCAUGCAGGUUGCUCACCUUGAAAAGACAGGGCAUUAUCUGACCGUCAAGGACAAUCAGGUUGUGCACUUGCAUCCAUCGACCUGUCUCGAUCACAAGCCCGAGUGGGUCAUUUACAACGAGUAUGUCUUAACCAGCAGGAACUUUAUCCGUACAGUCACCGACGUUCGUGGAGAAUGGUUGGUUGAUGUAGCACCCCAUUAUUAUGACUUGGAAAACUUUCCCCAGUGCGAGGCUAAGAGGGUCCUUGAGAGGCUCUAUAAGAAGCGGGAACGGGAAAAGGAGGAUAGCAAGAACAGAAGGUGAAGAUUCCUCAGGCUGGCUCAGCCUUCAGGCAAAUCCCUUGUUCCCUCUCCAGAGGCACAGGCUGUUGAUGACGAGAAUGGAUGGAUUGCUGUUUGUCUCUAGAGUUUACUAAGGGAUCAAAAGGGAGCAAAAAUUUUUAUGAGCUGAUGAUAUCCAAUGUUUUGAUGAUUUGUUAGAUAGUAUAAUGCAGUUUCCCGUUGUUACUAUGUGUAGUCAAUUGUGGAAUUCCUCCAUUGUCUUGGCCUGUGAGGUUCUUUAAUUGAUGAACACAGCAGGAAAUGAAUUUGGAUUCAAUUUAAGUCA